AUGUCCUCGGUGGGGGGAUUGGUGGAGGACGAGGACAAGGACCUGACACUGGAGCUGGGGAAACUGCAGGGCAGGUGGCAGAGGCACGAGGAGGCCAGGGUGGGGGCCGGUGGGGAGGGCCCGGAGGGGGAGCCCUCGGCUCCCGGGAGGUCUGCCGGCGAGAGCGUGGCGCGGACGAGGCAGAUUUUCGACGAGGGGGAAACGUUCAGGAUCCUGGCCAAGGAGUUGCUGGACAUUAAGAGGGCCCAGGCAUACAGCAUGACCUUGCUGGUGGAUGCUAUUGAUGACAACAUCUACCGUUGGUGUGUCAACAUGGCCGGCUUUGACCCCUCCAGCUCUUUGGCAGAGGACAUCCAAGAGUUGAGCAAACUGUACUGUGACUCAUCUGUCCAGAUCCACAUGACCUUCAAGCGCGGCCUGCAUCCCUUCUACCCCCCUCAGGUGGAGGUCAUCCGGCCGCGCUUCAAGAUGCCCCUGGCCUGGGCGGUGGCUUCCCACCCAAUGUUCCACCUCUCCAACUGGGACCCCUGGCUCUCACCGCUGGACGCAAUCCUCCAGAUAAAAGACUUCCUGGAGAAGCACGCCCGUGUCGACCUGGGCUCCCCUCUCAACGCCCCCACUGAACAGGCGUAUUCGAACGCUGAGCGGCAGCUGGCACGUUUGGAGGCCCUGUCAGAGCUGCCUCCAAGGUGCAUAUCGUUCCCCCAGUACAGGGCGCUGUAUGAAUCCCGGGGGGUAGUGGUGGACAGGAACCACCUGGAUGCCCUUACAGAGCCUGAGGCCAAGAAGAUGAAGGCCAAGCCCAACGGCAAGGAGUACUGGGCAGCGGGCACCGGCUAUGGGCACGGAAGCACUGAAGCCGAAACGUGGGACGCCAAGGCGAACGAGCUCGCACAGAAGGCGCACGAUGCAGAGAUUGAGAAGCUGCUCAGCGACCUCGGCAGGUCAUUGGCAACGGAACUGGGCUGCGUUACUGCUGCAGGAGACAGUGCUGUGGUGGCGAUGUUGUCAGGGGGGUCUAGCAGUGGCAGUCAGAUUGGUGACGGCCUUGGAAAGCUGCGCACACUUGUGGCUGCACUGGAGGGCUCCUGCCUGCUGCCUUUCCUGCACAGGGAGUUGGGCUGUGCCUCAUUCACCGACAUGUGUGGGCGGGCAGAAUACCAUCUGUCGAUCAUGAAGGUAAUUGACAAACUGUGCCAUCCAUCCGCAGCCCACCUCCUGCACACGACCAAGGUGUCGGAUUCAACCAAUGCGACCACAAUCCUUGAAGCCUUGCAGUUGCUGCAGGGGUCGGCAGUGGACUAUGAACAAAUGAUAGACCGUGGGCGGAAGGCACAGGACAUCGAAGCUGAGCGAAGAAGAAAUAUAGGACUCCCGGCUAUGUCUGCUGCCACUCUCCCAGCAGGAAGCUGCACACUGCAGAAGAACGUCACUGCAGAGAAGGAGGAGAGGUUGGGGCUGCAGUUGUCAGAGUCAAUCCUGUCGACUGUGGGGAUCCUGACAUCCCAGAUGGUAGGGGGCAUGGAUGGGAGUCCAGAGGAGCCUCGCUCCAGGCGCCCUUCGACAUCCAGCAGCUGCGGAGUCGAGGGCUACAUUGAUGCCAUGCGAGGCAUGCAGUUGGAUUUCGUGGAGGAUCUUGAAGCGCACAACUCCUUUGGCCCAGACAGCGUGCGAGAGCUGGCCUACCCAAAGGAGAGGAUGGUCCGCCUGAGCCGGGAGCUGUCUGGGCUUCGCUCCCUCCUCCCUUGCACCGCCUCCUCUUCCGUGUUCGUCAGGGUCGAUGAGCAGAAACUGAACCUGUGGCAGGCGCUGAUAACUGGGCCGGAAGACACACCUUACUCUGGAGGCUGCUUCCUGUUUGAUCUUUAUUUUCCGACGGGCUAUCCUUCAGCACCGCCAAAGGUCACCCUGAAGACGACUGGGGGAGGAACUGUCAGAUUCAAUCCGAACUUGUACAAGUGCGGAAAAGUUUGCUUGUCCCUUCUGGGGACCUGGUCAGGGAGCGCGGGGGAGAGAUGGGACGCCGAGGUGUCAUCCGCAUUCCAGGUGCUGGUAUCCAUCCAGUCACUGAUCCUUGUCCCAGAGCCCUACUUCAACGAGCCCGGUUAUGAAGUGACCAUGCACACGGAAAACGGCAAGCAGGCCAGCAGGGCGUACAGCCAGGAGAUCAGGGAGCACACCAUCCACAGGGCCAUGAUUGACUACCUGAAGAAGCCCCCAAAGUCCUUUGAACAAGUUGUGGUCACCCAUUUCCGCCUCCGGCGGGACAACAUCCUGGCAGCGUGCAAGAAGUGGAUUGCGGAGGCUGAGGAGGUGCGGUGCACCGCCCAUGCGAGCCGGCUGAGGGGCUUAGCUGAGGAGUUGACGAGGUUGUUGCGGGAUUUGUAA